CGCGCGGUAGUGUGCACACAGAUGUGGAAGAGAGGCACACAAACACAUACUGUACACACACACAUACACACACACACCUCUUCUUCUACUGCUCCUUAGUUUCCUUAGGCUUAACACUGAAGCUUACUCUAUGCUCUGUAGGAGACAAAACAGAAACUGAAUGAAAGAAGAAAAAAAUGUAGAGAAAUACAACCCUGCUGCAUGAAUGACUGGCAUGUCCUGGAUUGUUUUAUCCCUCCUUCAAGAGGCAUGAUGGUUUUUCAAUCAGUGCUAGUUUCAAUAGCAGCAUUUUUUCUGUGAUAGAAAGUGUCUUCAUGUUUCAGGAUGAUCACAGACCAGGUCAUGGCUAUAGUCCUUUAUUCCUUCCAUAUGGUGCAUUUUUGCUGAUUUCACAAGUGCAUUAAAAAAAAAGAGGCACUCAUUUUCAUACCUUGUUGUUUUUCCUCUCAUCAAUGUUUAUGUGUGGGGGGGCAAGUGAGCAAGCAAGUGCUAUUGGGGUGGUGUUGGCUGGUGUGUGUGUGUGUGUGUGUGUGUGUGUGUGUGUGUAUGUGUGUGCGAGAGAGAGAGAGAGAGUGUGUGCUUGCAUGUAUAUGUAUGUGUAGAGAACCCUCAAGCUGCUAUUGGGUGAACACUUGGGGAGGAGGUGUGUUCAGUUUCACAGUAUGGCUCUUGUGUUAUGGGAGCUCUCUGCCAUCCCCCUUCGUAGUCCUCAAUAGCGAGUGUACUGCAGCUCCGGAUGCUGUGUAUGCUCGAGGGGAAGAAAGGAGGGACUGCCGCUGCUUCUCUGAGCCCAGGUCUGCAGGUCUGCCUCGCCUCUGCAGUGGAGACGGGAAGAAUCCCUCAGAGACAAGAAGGAAGAAAGGUUGAAGCUGGAAGCAAAACCAGUCUGGAGAGAAGAGGAAGUCGACUAAAUAUUUGGCAACACAUGCCAGGCUCCUCUAAUCUCUAAAGAACAGAUGUACUGUGUUCGUCUCCCUCCUCCAGAUGUCUACACUAUGGACUAGUUAGAUCUGGAACCUGCCAUCAAGAAAAACACAACUAUCUGCUAACAUUUAGAACAGAGAAAGAGAGGGAGAGUCGAUGACACUGAAACACACAAAUGAUGGACAAGAAAAGUGCAAAUGGCUUUUCCACCAAGGCUUCUGAGAGUGGGGGACAGAGGAAACAGCUGCCAUAUUCUGUGGAGACACCCUACGGCUUUCACCUGGAUCUGGACUUCUUGAAAUAUGUGGAUGACAUUGAGAAGGGUAAUACCAUCAAGAGAGUGCAUAUACAGAGAAAGAACAGGGGGCCAAAAUAUAGUACACUGCCACGCAACUUCAGCCUUCCUGGACAUGGUGCAAGACCUGCAGCCAAAGACACAUGGUCCAACACAUCCACCCUGGGAUCCAAGCCCAAGUCACGUGUUACUGAGGUCCAACAUCUUUUUGAUUUCAGAGCCAGCAGUGACAAUGCUGGCAGCAGCAGUAGCAGCCAAAGCACCCCUGCUGGUCAAUCAAAUGUGCAAGGUAGCAGCUACCUCUCUUCCCCCAAAACUGUGGAUCAGGUCCAUAUUCAGGCUUCCCAAGACCAACAGGCUUCACUAAGCCUUAAUGUGAGGCCUCACUUGUUUCGGGCAUCCAGCAUGCCUGUUAAUGUCCCACACAGGAAAGCGUCAGACUCUACUGAUGAUCAGAGCUCUCAAUCACAGAAUGGCUCGACUGAAAAACUAUUUCGCCCUGUGGAUGGUAGUGACAGGAGAGGAAGUAUACCUCAAGACAGGGCCAGCCUGCAUCAACAGAUAACCACAGCACUGAAACGGGUGCGCGAACUGGAGGAGCAGGUCAGAACGAUCCCUGAGCUAAAGGCUCAGAUUUGUUCCCUAAGAGAAGAGAGGGAACAACUGCUUCAGAGAAUUCAAACACAGUCUCAGGUAAAGAGUCUGCUAGUGAAAGAGCCAAGUGAAAAAACCCCACCAGAAUCCCAAGAAAAUACUAACCUUCCUUCAGCAACAAAACAGCAAGAAGCUCCAUCCCUGUCCCAGGAUACUGUGAGCGACAGUCAUACUAAAAUUCCAGAGUCAACUGUAGAUAAGCUAGCCGAGAACCUUGAAGCGCCAUCAACUUACACAGUUUUAGGAGAAAGACCAGUUCGAGGUGUGGUCUCUGUUCCAGUGAUACUCAUUGAAAAAGCUGAAAGUCCAACUGAUUCAGAAGACUCCGAGAGAAUGUUGGAAGAAUCUGAGCAUGAGACUGAAGUAUCUGAAAAGGUUUUGGAACAAGGAUUAGAAGAACAGGAGGAAAAGCAAGAGACUUCAUUAAAAGAUCAACAGCCUGCCCUAAAAGUAGGGGUUUCCAUAACAGAAGAAAAAGGAGAUCUAUCUGAAGGCACAGUGUCCCAAGAUGAACCUGAAAAAACUGAAACAGUUGAUCAGUUUAUUGUAGAAAAGAAAAAACAAGCCUCCACAAUAAAUGAACAAGAUGUUGUCACCAUCCAAGAACUCCAAGAAAAAGUCAAGACAUUGGAGGAAAGAUUAAGACAGGUCAGCUGUGAUCUGGAAAUGACAAACUCCUUACUGAGAUUACAGAUGGAGGAGAAUCGACAAAAGGAUGUAACAAUUCAGGAGUUAAGUGAAAAGGUAAAAGAACCCAUUGCAGACAGUGUAGAGCAAGAGUUGAUAGUUCCACUAGAGUCUGAGCCACUUCCACAACAUGUUAUUACUUGCGAUGCAUCAGUCAACACUGACAGCAAGCAUGUGUUAGAAAAAGCAGUCCUAACAGAUAUUGACCUUAAACCUAUUGACAGUAUAAAAGAACCAGACCUAAUGUGCUCUAGUACUCAAACAAAUAUAGUUGAGAUGCGAGAAAUUGAGGUGUUAGCACAGGUGGUGACAUCUGAAAAAGUUGUGGGUGUUGAAAUUGUUACAUGUGACCAGGCAGUUGAAACAGAUGUGUGUGAAAAUAGUUUGGAGACCAAAGAAAGAAAAGAGCUUGAAGCUGCAGAUGAAAGAUACAGUGUAGAUAGAGAUGAUGUAGACAAAGAAAAAAUGAGUGAAAGCAUGAUCACUGAGAGUGAUGUGGCUGAAGAGUAUGUUAUAGUAGAAAAGACUGAAGGGGAUUUGUUUGGGACAGUACCCAAGGAUAAUGCAAAUGUCAAGCCCUUGGCUAGGGAAAAAGAAUUGUUGGAGAAUGUUGAAACUGUGGUAAUAGAAACCACAAAAUCGGAUACAAGCACAGAUGAACCAUUACAGCAAGACCAAAAGCAACCACAAGGACAAGAAAUUCAGCCUCAACCUCAGAGGCCUGUUGAAGCUUCAGCAUCACCUGCAGCCAUAGGCCAGGUUGUCACUCGGAUCCAAGGUCUUCUCAAUGAGCAGUGGGCCAGCCUGGGGAGUGGGAGCCAGGAACCAAAAGGAGAGGGCUCACAGAAACAGUCAGUGUCAAAGAUCAGCUCCAUCCAGAGUCACCUUCGAGGCUCACUUAGUGCGCUUUCAGCCUUCUAUUCUCCUGUUCAAAAAGGAGGUGCAGCAAAGCAGUCAGGCCUCAAAUCUAUCAUGAAGAAGAAUGACUGUCCUGACAAGCAGAGGGCUGCAGGAGCCAAGAAAAACCUGAAAUUUGUUGGCGUAAAUGGAGGCUAUGAGACAACCUCCAGUGAGGAGUCCAGUGGGGAGGAGAAUGAGGACAACAGAGAGGAGGAGAAGGAGGAGGAGGUGGAGAUGGAUAGCUCGGAGACAGAGGAACAGGGAGAAGAGAGUGGAGUGGCCCAGGAGGAGAAGGAGGAGGCUGCUCCUGCUGGGGAGCAGGCUGAAGAAGCUCAGGCAGGGGGCUCCCAGGGUUCUGUGGAGCCUAAAGACCCACAGGCCAGUGUUGAUCCCCCGGAGGAGCAGCCCAGCAGUGAACUUGUAGAUAAAAACUUCAUGGCCGCUUGUCACUACUUAAAGGACCGAAUGGCAGAGGUAGCUGCCCCAAACAAAGAGAUGAGGCAGGUUCUGAUGGUGCUCUAUCAGGAAUGGUUCCGAAUUUCUAGUCAGAAAGAGUCCCAGGCAGAUACGGUCACUGUGUAUCUGAGAGAAGUUGGAAAUCACACCCCCACUCUCCUGCGCUAUAUAGUUAACCUGGCUGACGGCAACGGCAACAUGGCCUUACACUACAGUGUCUCCCACUCCAACUUCCAAGUAGUCAAGCUCCUUUUGGAUACUGGUUUGUGUGAAGUGGAUCAUCAAAAUAAAGCCGGCUACACGGCGAUCAUGUUGGCAGCUUUGACUGCAGCAGAAGGACUUGAGGACAUGGAAGUGGCCCAGCACCUACUGAGCCUGGGCAACGUCAACGCUCAGGCAGGCCAGUCUGGUCAGACAGCAUUGAUGCUUGCAGUUAGUCACGGGCGCACAGCGAUGGUGCAGGUUCUUCUCGACUGUAAAGCUGAUGUGAACACACAGGACCAAGAUGGCUCCACGGCACUGAUGUGUGCCUGCGAACACGGCCACAGUGAGAUAGCCAAACUACUGCUAGACAGAUCUGAAUGUGACACUAGCUUGAAAGAUAAGAAUGGGCACACUGCACUCUCGGUGGCCAUCAAGUUCUCCCACUCUGAGCUAGUUGACCUUCUGAAGGCCCACGCUGACAAGGCUGAAACUUCACAUACUACAAGUCUUCUCUGAAGUUGCUCGUACACUUCCUCUGCAGUAGCAACAGUACCUGCAUUCACCCUCCAGCUGCCUCAACCAGACAAACUGACCAGUGAGACUUAUCUGGAAAGGAAAAAUGGACUUUCCUCGAUUUGGACAAGCAACAGGCCAAGUUUUGCAGUUCUCUGAAGCGUAGUUCAACGUCAAAGCUCUUAACUUAAUGUGGAUGAAGCAUGGUACAUUGUUACAUGUUGUGUCCUGUUUUUCAAGUAUUAUUCUAUUUUUGUCAAGUAGAGAGCAUUAUACAUGAAUGUUACUAUAGAGUCUAUCAGAUACACACUAUAUUUAUUUUAUAUUGCACCUUGCUAUACUGUUUUUUUUUAUUCUCCUCUAAAAUAUACAAGGCCUGUCUGAAUAUAACCUGAUGAGCAAAAUUGUGUCUUCCAUCAUGAAGGUUAUCAGGUAAUGCUUUUCAUGUUAAAACUUAAAAGGUUUAUUUUAUCUUUGCGUUUAGCAUGAGGCCAGUAAAAUAGCAGGAUAGCUCCCGUACCAAAUACAUUCAAUCAAUCGAAAAUGCAACAGAAAACGUUAGGUCAGUGCUGGACUCUGUGAUGUGCUUCACACUAUCUGGUCAGGUGUUUUAAAUAAUUGGAUAUACUGAGCUGAUAUAGAAGAGCCCCAUCCCCCACAACUCCACUACCCACACUUAUAAGUAUAUGAAGAAUGACUUUAGCAAUUGAGACGAGGGGUGGACAAAUCAGUAGCUGGGGUCCCUGGCACAAGAAGACUACAUGUCUGUGCUAUUUUUGUUUUUGGUCUUCUCUCAUUUUACAAGCAGAAAAAAAAACCCUUUUGCCUUUUGCAAAACAAAUACAUUCAUAUGGUGUGUGUGUGUGUGUGUGUGUGUGUGUGUAUAUAUACAAAAUGCAUGCUGCUCAAUCUAAAUCCCACCGCCUGCUGCACUACACACACUGGCUUUUACUAGUCAAAUGAAUUAUCGAGCAUGGAUAACACAGAAUCAGGAAAAUGCAAGAAUGAGGAAACACUGAUGAAACCUUAGCAAAAUAAAGUCCAGCUUAAAUCUGUCAUACAAAUUUCCUGCUAGCACAACAUGCAGUCACCAAGCAGUUAGACACAUUGAGAAAAAGCCAGAAUGGAUUUGUAAGUGCUGUUGCAUAAAUAUUCUAUGUUUAUGAUGCACAGUUGAUAAUUGAUUCAUAAUCGAUUCCAUAAUAAUAAUAAUAAUAAUAAUAAUAAUAAUAAUAAUAAUGGUUAAUUCCAAUAAUUAUUCCAAUCUAAUAAAUACAUAAAUAAAUAAACAAACAAACAAACAAACUUACCUUAAAUAGUUUAUUAAUAUAUUUAUUACAUGGAAUUAUGGAAUCAAUUAUGAAUCAAUUAUCAAUUGUGCAUGAUAAAAAUAGAAUAACAUAGUUCACGAUGCACAAUUGAUAAUUGUUUCAGAAUUGUUUCUAUAUUUGUGCAUCGCAAACAUAGAAUAUUUAUGCAAAACACCACAGCUCAUAGCCAAACACUGACAAAUUGCUUCUUGCUUUGUGCUAUCUCAGACACCCCCACACAACCCAAGCGCCCCCCCCACACACACACACCUUUUUUUGUUGGAAAAUUCCCCUAUGCAGGAAUUUCUAUAUUCAGUUGCAUCUGUAUUGCAUCUACUGUACUGUACCUAAUUUUACUUUAUGUUAGCGACCACAUUCUAGUCGUCAAUUAGGUUUCCAGGCACACCAACAAACGAUUGAGCAUUUACUUGCCCAUGGACCUAGUUAAUACAUGUAUGAUUUGUCCACCCCUGAAGACAUUUAUGUUAAUGAUUUUCUGGAGCAACCACUUGGACCUGCAGUGAAUAAGAUUUGGGGAUGAUCACCAAAGUAUUGGUAUAUAAAGUAUUUAAAUAUGCUAUUUUAUUAAAUGCUGAAAUAUUAUUCAUAACCCUUGAAAAUAUAUGAAUAACAGAGAAAGCAAUGUGGAAGCUAUCUGCUGCAGUAUUCAAUAAUGCGAUUUUGCUUUGAUUUUAAGCGAAAUGUGACUCAUACUGGUGUAACGUUGGCUUACUGUACAAUUACACAAGAAAACAUACUUAGAAAACAUACUGGAAUAAACAAAAAAGACUGUUUUUGUUUGCACUUGACUGCUAUUCAGUGCAUUUUCUCAAAAUGGUAGAUCACCGAGGUAGAACCGUCCACACUUACCAGUGGAUUUAUUUAUCAGCUAUGUUCCAGUGGUACAGUGGAUUUACCAGUGGAUUUAUUUAUCAGCUAUGUUCCAGUGGUAAAGGAACAAACUAAAGAAAUGGCAAAGGUUCCUUGAUAUAUUUGGAAAUAUUUUGAUUAGGAAUAUCUCUAAGGAAAAAGAAAAUACUGUGGUGUAUAAAAUAUAAAGUUCUAAGAAGUCCGACUGAGUGAAGCAGAUUCUCUGAACGUCCAUUACAGUGUCAUAGCAGUUCAACAGAGGUGCACAAACACUAUUUUGAACACAGUCUUGAAAAGGCACUUUAACAUAAACUUAAGUCUUGGUCUUGUACAUAAUGUACCAAAUGUCCAAUAUUGUGAAGUUUAGCUUGUAAAAUGGUCCAGAGAUGAUACACACAGGGUGAACCAAAUACGUUUUUAAGGACAAAUCAUGUUGUUAGACUACAAAUAAUAUAGAAAGUGGUACUUUAUCGUAAACACGCUCUACAUGGGACCCAAAAGUCUAAUAAUUAUUUAUUUCUAAUGCUAUACUUUACAUGCUGCUAUAUGUAUGGAUAGAGUAUUCAUAUAAUAUCUAUAAAUCCAAUAUGUUUUGCUUAUGUGUCUUUAAAACAUGUUUGUAUGAAUAUAUCUUUUUAUACACUGGCGAGAUUUUUCUUAUUUUUCUGAUUUCCUCUAAGAACAAUGUCUGUCGUCACGUCUGACCCCAGUGAUUCCAGUACAACCAGUUAAACAACUUUUCUUUUUCAGCAAGAAACUGAAAAUGUCUACUUUCAAACAGCUGAAGGUUUUUAUCCUUUGCACUGCAUUAUAUAUAUAUAAUUAAAUGCUCUGUCCCAGGA